AUGUCUGGGCGUGGUAAGGGAGGAAAGGGAUUGGGAAAGGGAGGAGCCAAGAGGCACAGGAAGGUUCUCCGUGACAACAUCCAAGGAAUCACCAAGCCUGCGAUUAGGAGGCUCGCUCGUAGAGGCGGUGUGAAGCGUAUCAGCGGUUUGAUCUACGAGGAGACACGUGGCGUUCUCAAGAUCUUCCUCGAGAAUGUGAUUCGUGACGCUGUGACUUACACUGAGCACGCGAGGAGGAAGACUGUGACGGCGAUGGAUGUUGUGUACGCGUUGAAGAGGCAGGGAAGGACUUUGUAUGGAUUUGGUGGUUGAAGGGGGAUUGAAUUUGGGGUGGUUUUGUAAAUCGCGAUUUGUGUUUUUACUAGGGUUUGGUGAUUUGGGGGUUUUAAGAUCUCUCUCUCUAAGGUGUUUGUUAGGGUUUUAAUCUGAAUGUUUUAAGUUGUUUUUAAUUGAAUGAAAAAUGUUUCUAUGAUUGUUUGAGCUUGUCUAUGUCUCUUAGAAAUUGACUGUCUAUUUGCUUCUGUGUCGUUAAUUAAGGGGAACUUAUUGUUUCUUGAUCAAGAUUCAUAGAAGAAUUCAAAGAAUCUAUCUGAGGUAGUUAGAGAUAGUAGCUGAGAGAAUUUU